GCUCAAAACGCAGCUAGAUGACUUGGAGACCUUCGCUUACCAAGAGGGCAGCUAUGAUUCACUGCCCCAGUCCAUGGUCAUUGAAAGACAGCGGGUAAGGCCUACGGAUUCUCUGCCAGUGCCCUUUCUUAACACCAGCUAGUGCCUUUCUCAGAACACUAGCAUGUGGCCAGUGCUGAUUCAGGCAGCUGUAAUACAACAACAUAAGUCUGCAUCCAUGAAUAUAAUCCAUAGGGACUACUACAGUUUACUGUUAGUGGAUAUAAUGAAGUCCAGACUGGCUUCACCCCAAAAUAACUAGUGGGUGAUUAUAGAGGAGUUAAUAAAGAAGCUGGAUAUGAACCUAAAUGAGGAUAUUGCAUCGCUGUCUCCCGAGGAGCUGCGGCAGCAGGUGGAUGUGGCUGUUGCCCAGAUUGUCAAUCCUGCAAGAGUGAAGGAACAGCUGGUGGAACAGCUGAAGACGCAAAUACGGGACCUGGAGAUGUUCAUCAGCUUCAUUCAGGAUGAAGUUGGAAGUCCCGGCCAGGUGGAGGAUGGACAUUGUGAAUGUUCAGGCAGAAAGCAUGGAAGUGGCCCCUACAAACCAAAUGCCAGGCUGCCUCCUAGGAAUAACAGAGUGAACCCAGAGGAUGCCAGAAAGAUGCGAGAAACAGGCCUGCAUCUUAUGCGUCGCAUGCUUGCUGUGCUGCAGAUAUUCGCUGUCAGUCAGUUUGGCUGUGCUACUGGUCAGAUCCCCCGCAGCCUCUGGCAGAAGGACCAGGCCAAUAAGGACUAUUCUCCCUUAAUUAAGAAACUGGAACUGUCUGUAGACCAAGUGAGGCAGCUGGCACUGAAGUACCAGCACCAGGAUCAUGUUCUCCGCUACUCCAGCAUCCAGGAUGUCUCCUUAGGAGCGAGAGAUGAGCUGACUUUGGCUGUGCGGAAGGAGCUGACCAUUGCUAUACGAGACCUGAUGGCUCAUGGGCUCUAUGCCUCUUCUCAAGGGAUGAGCUUGGUGUUGGCACCCAUUGCAUGCCUGAUUCCUGCAUUUACCUCGUCGCCACAGACCAUGCACCCCUGGGAACUCUUUGUGAAGUAUUACGACACCAAGAAUGGCCGUGCCUUUGUGGAGUCCCCUGCGCGCAAGCUCUCCCAGUCUUUUGCCCUUCCUGUGACAGGGGGCAUCACUGUUACCCCCAAGCAGAGCCUGUUGACAGCUAUUCACACUGUCCUCACAGAGCAUGAUCCAUUCAAGCGCAGUGCAGACUCUGAACUGAAAGCCCUGGUGUGCAUGGCAUUAAAUGAACAGCGUCUGGUCUCCUGGGUGAAUCUGAUCUGCAAAUCAGGGGCUCUGGUACAGUCUCAUUAUCAGCCCUGGAGCUACAUGGCUAACACAGGCUUUGAGAGUGCUCUCAACAUUCUCAGCCGCCUGAGCAACUUAAAGUUCAACCUUCCUGUUGACCUGGCUGUCCGGCAGCUGAAAAACAUCAGAGAUGCCUUUUGAUGUGUCCUUUCCAGAUCAGCCCCCUUUCCCCAGAAGGAAUGUAUUAAUUUACUACCUUAGAGGAGGAGCAUUGUUUGACCAUACUUGUCCCCUUUGAAGCUGAUUGUGGCUAUUAGGGUAGCAAUGUAAUGUCUUGACACUGGAAACCUCCCUUACAAGACUGCCUGUGAGGAAAUGCUGCAUAUGUUUGGGUUGUGCGCUACCUCACCCAGGCCUGUACUAAUGCAGCUAACAACAGAGCUGCUGCACCCCAUCUGUUGGUGCUUUGCCACUGUCACAUGCAUUAGGUGUGACACUGAAGUGCAAUAAAAAAGGGCCUGAUUGUACAGCCAAUGCAUCAGAGCAGCUCCUGUGGAGUUCAGUGGAAGCGGUUCCGAUGCUGUGGCGCAUGCUUAGCCCCCAGAAUUUUUAGUCUGAAAGAUGUCACUUGUGGCAGUUUGCUGUUUCACACAGGGCUGUGUGAGGCUUUUUGACAGAUGUAUCUUACUUCUGCUGCUUAGGCUUGAUGUAACAUGCCCAGUGGUGGAGUCAGACAUCCCCUCCCCCACAUUUAUGUAGAUUUUGAAUGUACAGGAGGCCUGGGAACAAUUUCUGCUCUGGUUUCUAUUGGUUUGUAUCUUGCAGGAUUAGUGGCCGCAGAGAUCCAGACAUUGACACCUUUUUUGGACUAUGUGGUGACACAUGACUGGAUUGAGCAUUCAGGUGCAUUGUGUAAGAAUCUCAGCUCCCUCUUGGAGCUUUGGUCAAAGCCCUGAACGCCAUCAGGCCAGGGUUUUAUUGCAGAUGCAUUGGUUUCACAACUGCAAACAAAUAUUCCCUUUUCCAGUUACUGUGUUUAAGUUGAGUUAAUUAUUAGCUCCUGUGCUGCAAGAACCGUUGCUCAUAUGGCUCCUUGUAGAAAAUACAUUGCAGUAGUUACAGAUGUCUAAUAUUCCCAAUGUAAUUCCUACAAGCACUUCUGUGGUCAGUAUCUCUUGGCCAGCAACUUUCUACAUGGAGUGUAUUUGAUUAUUGUGUAAUUUGAGUAUUUUCUGCUGGUCUGAGGGCAAAGCUUCCUGCACUGGUGACAGGUAGGUCUGCAGUCAAAUCAGUCAGUGCUGUUGAAGUGGUAAUCCACAUGGCAUUUAGGCUGCAUGAGAAGAAUCACCUCUGGCAUCAAAAGAGAACUGAGGGUUUGAGUGGAAUAGAGCUGAGGGGAGUGUGGUCUCCUUUGUACAGGCAUCAGUGAUGCCCUGAGUGGCAUGUAGUGGAGUUAUAUUGGAAACAGUAGUGCCAGGUUUCCCUUCAGCUUCCUGGCAAAACAGCAACAUCCAAGUCUCAGGCACAUGGGGGAUGGGUUGGGAGUGACCACUCUAAUUGUACAUUUAAUAGCUAGAAAUGGGGCUGUCAUAGUUGGGGUUUCCCAGUGUUCAUUGUAGCUCCCUUUGAAGCUUGAAAAGUACGUUUCCUUACUGCCAGUUCCCCUCAGUAGCACGCACAGUUUGGUGCAGUAGGGUUGUUGGUUUCAUCUUAUUUCUGUCUAAAAAGCAUUGAAACUGUUCUUUGGGGAAACAUUUAGAAUUUCAUAGACUGACACCACAGAUUUUGGCCAUCGAGCACUGGGAUCCAUCUGCUGUCAUUGAAGUCCAUGACAAACUGCCACUAACUUCAGAGAGACCGGAAUCUGUGUCUCCCCCACCCCUUAACUGUAUUCCUAAAAUUAUUUGUGUGUUUGGAGCAGAGUGAAAUGUAUAGAACACUGUAAGGAGGGUGUUAGUUUCUUUGAUGAAGACUUAGUGGUUAGUAACACAUUCCUCCACGUUUUUAAUGCAGAAAUAGUUUACUGAACUAUAAUGAAAACCAGCAGCAGUGACACUUAUAUAUGUGGAAACUCCCUUCAUGUUGUACCCUUCAGAUAUGAAACUGUUCAUGUAUUUUCAGAGGCUUUUCUAAGGGUGAAAAAGUCCAAGCUGAUUUAUUCAGAUAAACUAUUUGUCUUCCUGGACAACAAAUUAUAGAAGUACUUAUGACCAACCACAUUAAGAUUAGCCGGAGAGGCAAGAUUUAAUUCAAGAAUAAUUUCCAUGGAACAUUCCCUAUUCUGGUUUGGCUAUUUUUUGUCUGAAAUCUGCACACUUUUGUCAAAUCUGUGGCAGUUACAAAUAAGUUCACAGGUGAAGUGUUUGAUUGCUGGAAAGCCUUUUCUGGAGCCCUGAAUGGUUCCAUAAAGCAUCUUGUCUUCGAGUUUUUCUAAUUCUUAACUCCCUUUUGUAUUUACAGUGCUAUGCUGGAGAAGUGUGUUGUACCCUAGUUGUUCAGAUAUCUGCUUUAUUUCUGAUGUUGAUUUUGUUCUGAUUUUAGGUCUCUGCAUAUGUGCAAUAGGAUGAAUGUAUUUGUGUUGUGAAGAGUACAAUAUAUAUUACUGAUAAUAAGGCAUGGUGGUUUGUGUAUAUUGUAUUAUCUAUUUGUACAUUAAUAGAUAAAACCGUUAAUGCACCCUCUCA